GAUGCAUGAUCUAAAGAUAAGUUGAAGUGAAUCAUCUAAUGUUGAUUGUACUGGGAAGUCAAAUUGUAAGGAGACAAAUUCUUUUUGGUACUUUACAAAGUAGCAAAAUGUUUAUGGUAUCAGCAGGAAUGAGAGGGGAAGUCAAGUUGACCGAUGCAAUAUCAGCUCUUGAAAAAUUUGCCCCAAAACAGCUCUCAGAAAGUUGGGACAACACAGGCUUACUAGUGGAACCCUAUACUCCUAGGAACAUAAGCAAGAUCUUGUUAACAAAUGAUUUGACAGAGGAAGUUGCUUUGGAGGCAAAGAAGAAAAAUUGUGAAUUAAUAAUUUCUUAUCACCCUCCUAUAUUUGCACCCUUGAAGUCAGUUGUUCAGAGUUCAUGGAAGGAGAAGAUUGUUUCUCUGCUGCUCGAGAAUCGCAUCGCGUUGUAUUCUCCUCACACAAGCUGGGACUCGGUGCAGGGCGGUGUCAAUGAUUGGUUGGCGUCAGGAUUCGCUGUCAAAAGUUCUUCACCGAUUAUACCCAAUGAAGACCAAAAAAAUGGAGCUGGAAGAUUAAUAACCAUCGAACCUAUAAUGUUACAAGAGGCCAUUGAGAAAGUGAAAAAAUUGACUGGCCUGGCGCACGUUCGGUUGGCUCUUGGCCGAGGGAAAGGGAUGACUGACAAAAUAGAGAAGGUAGCUCUAUGUGCCGGCUCGGGCGCUUCCGUGUUGAAGAAAGUUUCCGAUGCCGACUUGUUUUUAACUGGUGAGAUGCUUCAUCAUGAUGUUCUCGAUGCUGCACAAAGAGGUAUUUCAGUGAUACUCACAAACCAUUCCGACUCGGAGAGAGGAUUCCUGUCGAUCUUCUCAGAGACGCUCCAAAAACAACUCAAUGUUGACGUUUUAGUAAGCGAAUGUGAUAAGGAUCCUCUGUGUACCGUGUGAGUUUUAUUAAGGGUAAAUAAAAUUCUUAGUAGUAAAUAA